AAAGGAACGAGGCGCCAACAAGAGAGAACCGAUAAACGCCGUUAUUUGGUGGAUCGCUUCCGCGACAACAUUAUAUAUUAUUCCAGAAAUCGGGAAUCUCCUAACAGUCUGUCAUACCUUGGCGUAUCAAAGGUUGUGCUUUGCUUGGUUUUUUUUUUUCUUUUUUAACCUUUUUGCCGCAGCAAAUGGACAGCCAUUUAGCCCCAUGCGCGUGGAUGGAGCGCAACCAAUAGCAUGGUAUGGGGCCAACGAUUCCCACUCCCGGGCGAACAGAUGCUACAUCUAUUUUUGACUACGGAUUACAGUCAGGUAUACGACCACUCAGAUGAAUGUAACCCAGGCCUCCUGUCGGGGAAUUUCACCGAAUCUCGACUAUCAUGGCGAGAGGUUGCAGAAGAAGUGCCCAGAGCAUAUGCUUCCCCCACGAUGCCCUCUUUUUAUUUCCUGCUGGUCUUGUUCCAACAUGCAAAGUCUUAUCUCCAAUGUUCGCGAUUUCGGGAUUUGGUUCAUUGUUUACCAUCCCAUCUCAAUUUUGUGCCGCUGUGAUCGUCGGAGGCGAAUUCACAAAAGGCCCGUGUGUCAGGAGUGCUCGUUGCAGACGCCUGUCUCUCGUCGAGUGAACCAGCCUGAUUUUACCUUACAGGUCCCAGAGCCGAGGUUCAGCCGCCUUCCGGCAGUCGACUGCCUUGAUCUCUUCGCAUCCCUAUUGGCUCUGAUCCAUACCCAGCAUGCGACGUUGCUCGGUGGGGAGUCGGCGUAACGGGUGAGAUUUCGAUUGUUGAGUCCUUAUAAUGAAGGAGCACUGCUCGUUUUCCUUGGCCCCUUGAAAUUACUUCUUUUCUGUCUGAAUAGGCCUUCACAUUAUUACUUGAAAAUUAAAUCGCCGAAUCAGCUGAUGUCUAGGUUUUGAUUGUCUUCAUCUUAAAACGAGAAAUCCCUAUUUCCUUGCAAUCACGUUGGUUAGGAAUAUUAUUUCAUCGGCAUAAAUUUCAGCAAUUUUUGGUUGCUUGUCUGCAUUGCUGGAGGAAAAACUACAUACGAAACUACAUACGAAGCACGAACUGCUUUCGUCCCAACACUCUUUCUUCACCUCCACCCAUGCCCGCCCCGCAUGCAGCCUGACAGCUACUGACCGCUACGUAUUGGGCAUGAGAGGUAGUUAUGUGAUACAGGUUCUGAAAUCAUUUAAACCGAAAAAUCUUCCUAACUUCGCUCCACUUCGCUCCCUUCCUCUCAUCUGUGUGAUUAACUAUUUCCACUAUCAACCUCCUAGCAUGACAGCAGGACAUAUCUUCUCAAACGGUGUCUCAAUCCAAGAAAAUGCCGAAAACCCGGAACAGUUCAUCGCAUUGCGAGGUUGAAAUAUCUUAAUCUUGUCCUUCGCUUCACCGAUGACAGUUCAUUUCGCCCUAUUUGACCUGCAAUGUGUCAACACCAAGGUAUGGCUAGCGUAAUUCAAAAUUGAUUAUGCUUACUAGCCGGGAUGCAUCAACACUCUGUACCACAUUCGUGACAAGAUUUGCCAGGAAUAACCCACGUUUCCUUACCACUCUCCGCGCACUUUGGGCACUGGACACCAGGCAUCUUGAACAAUACCGUUAGCUGCUACAAUAGUGUCUACUUAUCUGUUGCUUUGGGUCUCACCGGUGACAUCUCAUUCCUUCUAGCCGCCGAACCAUACGACCACAUCAUGGACAUGCCGGGUUUGAAAAAUUGGUGACGUUUGAAGGACGAGUGCAAGUGGAUGACUCCUCCUAAAUGAAUUACUCACUUACUAAGGACAGGAGGAAAAAGUUUAUAAGCGCACCACUGCUGGUUUAUCUGCGUGUUUGGAUGAAGGAUUUGGGUGGUUCGCUUCACGGAUUAUUCACAAUAGCCCAGGGGAGAAUUGACGACUUAUUUAUGAUGCGUCGACCGAUUUUGAACCUUUCCUGAAGUCAAUAUGAUCUCCCACGAUCGACUAAUAUGUCAUAAAGAAGUUGUCACAUGGACAGGUAGCCUCCUUCACACUCCGGGUCCCUUGAAGCAAAUGCGCGAGAACUGGUGGAUCAGCAACAUAAGGUCAAGCCAGUACCAACACAUCUCGACGCAACCAGUUCGAUUUGAGAUACGGGUAUGUCGAGGAUAAGCCAAUGAUCACUGCUCUAUUUGACUCUGAUACGGUGGAAAUCUGCUCAACACGAUCGCAUUUUCCAGCGUCUCCUAAAAGUAUCAUCCAGCAGGGUGGGGAUCGUUCCAAUAGUGCCUGAUAUACGCUGAAUAAGGUGUUGAUAUUCUGUUUUGUUCAACAUCAGAAAAUAAAUGGCGCCUAGUCCGUGUUAUUGUAUGCCACAUUACCCCAUCCCACUUGCGGAGAAAAGUUUAUUUGAUCAUUUAACAAACAUCAGCGUGAUCAGCCAUUCGUGUCCACUUUUCUUGAGAAAAUUGGAGAAUGGAAAUGCGUGUCAAUUCUGCUGAAAGUACUACGGCCGAGAUGGCGGAUUUCGCCAGAUGUUUGGUUAUCUACAGACUGCGAACCAACACUGUGGAGCCAGACCAGAUAGCCUUUCACUGGGUGGCUUCCCCGUAACCCCAGAAUCAACCUGGACCGGAAAUCUUUUACACCGCCUACCUGCACCGUGUCAAUUCUAUAAUUCGUCGACAACAUCCCACCUCGCAGCUCUUACAAAUAUUCAUAUAAUUGGAUUGGCCAGGUUGACACCAUUUCGAAAAAUCGAAAUUACAUGGCAACCCAGGGAUAGUGCAUCCCUAUCAAUCGAACGUGACGGGGAAAACGGCCGCGUGAGCAGAAAAUUUGCCUACCAGGAGAAGUCCAGGUUUGCCAUGGAGCUCAUAUUUCCAUGAAACAGAUUACCCGAUUCGUCAUUCACAAAUAGCACGGCUGCAUCUAGGCGGGAUGCUUUCUGGGCGAGCCGAUAAAAGUACGCGACUUUGAUAUCACAACUAACUGUGUUCUUUCGUCUCGGGCUGCAGCCAAUCGAUGGCCGAUUUUAGAGCUAUCCAUCCGCCCCUCACGUUUGCAGCCAGCUAAGACCUGGGUUUCUUGAGCCAAUUAUUACUGCAAAGGAAGGCAGAUCAUUGCCAUGACGAAACGGGAACAUUGCCGAUUUUUGGUUAUUCCAACGGCUGCUCGUGCCACGUCUCCCACCUUCUACUGCCACUAUGGUUUUCCGUACCAUUUUAACAUCUGGUUCUCACUCCUAAUUGUUAGGACCAUGAAGGCGACUCAACUUGAACGUAUUUCCGCUCAUUGGGCACCUCUCUCAGGCGGACCGAAAUCUAAAAGUUUGCUACCGGACAAGCCACUUAUUUAAUUUCCAGAUGAUAACUCCUCCAAACCGCCUUCGAUAAUCAAAGAGAUGUCGUCCCCGCAGAACAACGUUUGGGCGAUCAUAUCUCCAAGCUCAUGGAACUGAACAUUGACUGAUGCUGGUCAACCAAUGAGGUUACGAGGUUGAGCAGAAAAAUGGACAUGUCACAAUUUGUUUUAGUAUGCAUGAACCAUGCAUGCUUAGGUACAUACUUACAUCGAUCCGCGGGUUUUCAAGACUUGCUCAUUCCCUAUUUCCUUUGAAAUUUUACAAAAAAUAUGAGAAGACGAAAAUCAUGUUAAUUUACGCAACACCAAUUAGCCCGACCACGAGAGCUAUCACCCACAUAACACAGCCGGCUGAUCACCAAUUUCAUUAUCUAACAACUUCAUAUGGCGCCAAAUCCGAAGACAAGGUGGAACUUGCGGCUGAGGAUACAUUCUAAACUAUGCACGGAAAAGUUAAAACGUUUAUCAGAUUGAAUUGUCUCGGGCUGCAUCAGAUAAACUUUAUUCAUCCCGACACUGGAGUCUAAGAGAAACUCUCGGAAACCGAUCUAAGUGAGAAUUUGGUGGUCUAAGCGAUUAAUAGAGCACCAUAUGAUGUUAAAUAGGCCACUCAAGUAUUUCUCCUGAAAGCUAUGGUCAUUUACUGCAGAGCAUAACCUUUGCAGACAUGCUCCAACCCUAUAUGCCGACUCGGUAGGCUGAAGAAGGAGUGCAGUGGACAAAGGGAAAUGAAGUGCUUGUUUCAUACAAAAUUACCAAGAGGUUUUAGGUUAUCUUUUUCGAGAUUUUGACAAGCAGGACGCCUUGGGACAGCUUGCCCUUCGUGUCAAAAAGCCGUAUAAAUCGAAAUCCUUGGCGCAGCCGAUCGAGUCUGAUGCAAGCCCACCCCGCUAGAUCAUCUCUUCCAAACUCGCGGUCCUUAACUUUGAACCUGUCAAUUCACUUUUGUAUUAGUGCCAUGUUCCUGCAAGGAAGAGCGGGGAUACACAAUAUGCAUGAGGAAUCACAAUAACGAAAAGCAAAGCGAUCAGCAGGUCCACGCAACCGCCCCCAUUUACAUGGUUUGGCAUAUGUGGACAGUUUUCUUCCGUGUUCCUUCCGACUUUUUUAAAUGCGUGGUGUUUCCCCCCCUCUUUCCUACAAAAGCAAUAACAAGAAAUACACUUUUUGUCGAUAUCCCCUAAUUGACGUGGCACUAAUCGCCUUGAUUGGGAUAUUCGGAACUAUCAAUGAUGGUAGGAGGGAUAGAUCGACGUGGGGGGCAAGAAAUCGAAAUAACGCAGGAUAUAUCAGAAAGUAAUAAGGGGGGAGGGGGGCAAGGGGGAAGAACUACGGAAUGGACUAACCUCACAAAGCUCAGUUCCUCCAAGGUAACUGGUGCGUUUGGGAAAUGCAUCACUUGCCCUCCAAAGUCCGGAUCUGAACCAACUCCAGCCUUGGUUUGCACUUUGUACUUUGCGGUACCCGUACCGCCUUUAACAUUUUCGGUGGCGUGGAUGUGAUCCUUUAGUCGCUCAAGAUAAAGUUGACAUGCGACAUAAGGGCGGAAGCUCUUGGCGUGUUCAUCACCCACAGGGAGAGGAAUGUUUUGCCCUGCAAGGACUUCGAUCGAUAAAUCUAGGAUGUGAUACCGCGCAAUAUUUUGAAGGCUUUUUUCAGUUCGCCCUGCUGCUCCAAUCCUCCAUACCUUUCCUCUGUAUGUCUCCGGCUUAAGAACCCAACCUCUAUGCCCAGCAAACAUUCCUUCGUUUAUCAUCAUUCCCUUGUCACAGUUCUGCCAGUUUAAUGCAACAAUUUGAAUUCCUUGUCUCCAGUGAAAUGAGGGAUCUAAAUUAGACGAAUUUACGCGCAGGCCGGACGGAUAUGUUCGCAUCAUAUACUCUCGAUUAUGGUCAAAAAGAGCCUGGCGUUCAUUAUCAUGGGCGUCCUUCACAGCGUUCUCUGAGAGGGAAAAUAUGUGGUUCAGGUGGGUUGCCUCUGUAGACAUAUUUUGGUAAGCCGAUUCUUUCCUUUCUUAUGCCAAUGAGUGUAGUUCUCCCCCACUGCUCUUGAUUGCUCUGAAACAGCGUGUGGCACACCCCUUGUUGGCAGUUACUAAAAAUUUAACAUUAAUAACAUACCUUGUUGCGAAAAUUUACUAAAAGUGUAUCCACGCGUGUAAAUACCGAGUCGACUUAGAGCAUGUAAAAUCUUCGAAGGCUUUUUCUUGGCCUGAGCUGCUCUGCUGUUCUCUCCCCCAUCAAUACCUCCCACAGUGUCAUCUUCAGCUACUGAUCCUGACUUCUGUUUCCCAAUUUCCGAGGGCACUCCAGGCAUGUCUCCGGCUUUCGUUUGAUCGGCCGCCGUCUCGGGUGGUGCCCAUUUCACUUUGAUCAAAAUCUUGUUUCGCAGUUCUCCCGGGCUUGGCAAGUGUUCAAUUUCACCCUUUUCCAGUUUAGCUUCGAUAUCAGCUGGAAGCUCAACGAGCAUACCUUUCCAUGCCUGCGUCAUGAUAUCUACCAUCACCUGUUGUUGCUCAAGACUUGCAUGGACCUCUAGGCUCACGAUGAUUGGUAGAUCGCUAGUGACGAAUGCAUAAUCUCUAAUUGCACAGCACACAUCACGGAACGUUAUUUCUUUCGUCAGAGUAUAACCAUGAAAAACGCGAGGUUCAAGCCGCAGGGGGGCAGAUGACACUGCCGUUCCCGCAACUCCGGUUGCAGUUACCACGGUAGCUUCGGCAAUGGCAGCUUGCGGCUGCGUUGUCGAUCCUUUAGAAAGCCGGUCCAAGCGACUUGACAAUGAUGACAGGUUAAAACGGCCACUUUUCCUGUCCUUAGGACUCUUCUUCGCAAUUUUCUGAGACGCUUUAGGCUCGCCACGGUCACUUUCUGAACCCGACGAGUCGGAGCUGUCCUCGGAAUCCGGUUCACCAUCCCACACAUCAAUUUCGAGACAUCUACAUCCUUUCAAAAGAACCUAGCAGGGGAUAUCAUGUUAGCUCAUAAGUGCGUCGUCAAACAGGAAUUUCACCUUCAGGCUGAAACAAUGUUAUCCGUCGUCAUUGUGAAGAUGAUAUGCUCGGGGAACAUUAUCCAUCCAAUGACGCAACGAGUCCCCGGUUGUGAAUAAAAUCAAAGAACACCAAGUUCCCAUACAUCUCUGGGUAUGAAUGCUCGAUUGGCCACUGGAGUUCUCCCAACGAUUUCCCGAAUUAACAAUAGAGAAUAUGGGCAACCCAUGAGCAUUUCCGAUUGUGGAGUAAAAAUCUUGCUCUCCCCGGAAAAGUGCAUCCGCCACUACGAAUAACGACACACCACAUACACCAAAACAAAUUGCAAUGUUGUUCUAACCAAGACCGAACUGGAAACAAGAAGGAACAAUGAUGGAAAAAUCAAAGGUGGAGGGCAGACUUGAAAGUUGACAUACAUUUUUGCAACGACAGAUCUUGUGGUUCAGGGGGCGCUUGAGCAUACGCAGAUGACAUGUAUCCCAUAAAAUCCUCAUAAGUGCUGAUACUAUGUUGCUUCUGUGGAGGUUCGAGCUGGAUGGCCUCAAGAAAUGUUUCUUUAUUGUUGGCCUGGCCCGUUGAUUCGAAAAUGUGCUUUAGAUGACGCUUGAUAUGAGGGGAGAAGGCUGAAAUUCUAGUGUCUUCAAGCGGUGACCCUGCACUAGAUUUGGUAGGCGACGACAUCGUGGGCAGGAAGCAGGAUGUUAAUCCAACGAGCAGUUGGCGUGCCUCAAUGUGGCUUUCAGGCGCUGUGGCACAGAAAUGGAAGAAGAGCGUGAUACGAUAAUUUUUUGAUGCAGCAGCACAAUUAACAACGUAAUCGAUCGAAUGAUCUGUGGACAACCCCUUGUAGAACGCUGCAAGUUGUGGUUCGCUUUGUUGUAUUCAAAGCGUGCAGCGAUUGCGGGGUAGAAGUUUCAGGAGUAGCGUUGGCGGAUAACUAAUUAAUGUCCCAAGGCGUGAAGGACCUAGCAACGCGGUAUGCAAGUAUGAAAAAAAUGCAGCCAGAGCAAGCUUGACGAAGAGCAUGGUAAGAAAAAUAAUACCUAUGAAGUGAAUUCGGCACGGUGUUAAAUAUAUCAAUUGUGAAUAAAAACGUCGAGAUUUUGCUUCCCUACCUUCCCCACCAAAUCACGACUAAGACGAGAAAAAUAUUCACAGAGACUCUUGCUCCAGAAGCGAACUUCCGGUCUAUUGACGGGACAUAGAUAUGCCCAGCUCACUUCUUCUCGUCAGAAAUAUCGGUCAGACAAACGUUGGGGAUGAUAAAUCCACCAAGGGUGGGUUAAUCUCUGCAAAUCCAAAAUGGUUCGAUAAUACAUCAGGAUGCGUCAUCACCGACUAAUUUGCGGACAUUUCCUGGGAAAGUAAAAAAGCUGCACAGUAAGUGACAAUGAUUCUGGUAAAGCUCAAUAUAAAGGCAUAGAUACAUACCGCAAAUCUUAAAAUACUAUCCAACCCAGUUUCAGGAACACCGAAUUUUAUACGGGAUCCCUGGCACAUUCUCCGCAUUCCUAGAAAGGAGUUGGAUGAAGGAACGUCGAAUCCUAGUCUCGGGAGCACAUCUGCAACCAAAACCCCAAUUACAUACUUGAGCGAACCAAGAAAAUCAAAAUUCAAUGAAAGAGGUAAAGAUAUUGUAUUGAAUGGAAAUGAGAAGUGAAAAAUAUUGAAUUCAAAAAAUAUCUUGCAUUUUGACUCGAUAAACUCCAGAGUUCUGAAAACAAAAGAAGAACUUAGGAACACACCUGUGCUUAUGGAAGUUCGUCUGUUAGCACCAAACUCAUAUCAAUCAGACUCUGGAUGUUGGAAAAAUUUUCACCUCUUAGAAAUCUCAGGACUGGUGGUUUUCCACAACGAAUUGCGUUGCCCGGGAGGAAAGCAGCGGCAGGAGGAUUUGGCGUGUGACUGUGGAUUAGAUUUUAGAAGGCAAUUUAAAUUGCAAAGUGAGUGUCAGGGGCAUUCCGCUAUGAAUAGGUGCGAUGCGAUGGAUGCUCUUGGCCUUUCAUGACGCAUUUCAGCAGUAUCGGCUAGAUAUUCCUCACAGGAGUGCUGCACGAUACCAUGAUAAUUUCGUCAGUAACUAGCAGGAAAGUUUCCACAAUCAUAUUUUG